AUGAUCGUGGCGAGGAGGCGCUUCUUCAUUGCCAUAGGCAUACCGCUUGUGAUCUUGGGCAUGCUUAUGUCAGGGUUCGUUGUCGAUACCGAUACACAUUCGCCGAGCACUCUGAACGGUAUACAUGUCGGCCAUGUCCCGGCGAACUCAUCACUGGCGCAUUCGAAUACGAGCUCUCUAACCGAACGCCCUCAUAUUACCUAUACUGGGUACAAACGUCCGGGCUACGAGCUCCCGCUUGCCAAAGGAAUUCCUCUGCGCAUUUUGGCUCUGGGUGCUUCGACCACACGCGGAGACAGCCCGGCUGAGGUUGACAACAAUGGCUUCCGGCGACCUCUUCGGCAACGGCUCACUGCGCUGGGCCACAAGGUCAACUUCGUGGGCACUGACCGGCUUGGAAACAUGACCGACAAUGAUAUAACGGCCGGGCCUGGUGUUCGGGUCGACACUAUCCAUGAGAUGGCCACGCAUAUCGUGGAAAAGAGCAAGCCGAACGUGAUACUUGUCAACGCAGGGACCAAUGACUGUCUGAUGCAUGUUGAUAUAGACAAUUUCUACAAGCGCUACGACAACCUGAUCCAAUAUCUCCUCAUGGCAUCACACAAGACCACCUUGGUGUUGGGUACGUUGCUGCCAACGUGGGACCAGCACUUCAACGGGCGGGAAGAUGUCUUCAGGGUCAAUCCUCAAAUCCGAAGGUUGGCAAAGAUCUACCAGAAGCAAGGCCUCCCCGUGGUCUUGGCUGAAAUGCAAGGACCGGACGGUGUCCAAGACGAGAAUCUGGCAGAGGAUGGUAUGCACCCAGUGACUGCAGGCUACGAAAUGAUGGGCACAAAGUUGUUCGAGGCCAUUGUCGAGGCCGACGCCAGAGGCUUUCUGCAACCGGCUGAGAUUGUCUCCUGGAUUCCCGACGAUGGUGAAGCGGGCAGGACAGACGAAGAAAACUACAAGGAAUGGAACAAGCAGCAGAAGAAGCUGGCCGAGACGAAGGCGUUUGAGGAGUCGGAGAUGGCAAAGAUGGAAGCUGAGUUGGAGAAGAUGAGACAGCAGCGCAAGGCGUCUGGUUGA